AUGGGAUUUCGGAUGGCGCCGUCAGUGAACGUACUAGCUUUCAUCAACAGUAACCAGUUUCUGAACAACAACGACACAGCUUUGUUUAUUAAAAAUGCCAAUCAUCCGCAGCUGUGGCGUCUGAGAGCAAAUGUUCGUGAGAAUGUUGUGUUCAACCCGUUUCCAGAACUUCGCCCACGUACCACUCCCUAUGCGGCUAUGGUCGUCUCCAGCAGGUAUCGUUUUGCCGUUGAAAGAGUGAAGGUUAUGAAGUCGGCUACGGCUUAUCCAUUCUUCAGCAAUGUGAUCAUCCGUCGGAACUGUUUCAAAAACCCUCAAGCCUCUUAUGAAAUCGGUACCGAACUCGACGAACACGCGAAACGGAUCGAUGCUCGAGAAAACAACUGGGGAUCGCCGGUGCCGUCGCAAUUCAUGAGCAAGAUCUUCGACCAGUUCAACCGCUAUUCGCUAGCCGAGAUCGUCGUUGGUCCGUAUGCUGCCGUCUGUAACCAGAGAAAUCCACACAUCACUUAUCUGCAAGAGUUCUUUCGUGAAUUUCGAAAGGACUCACAGCCUUUCGUUCUUGGUGGCACCAUCUAUGAGAAUCACGACUUGGUCCCAGGCAGGCGAGUUGUUAUCAUCUGA